AUGCGUCGGUCCUUGCUCCCGAAGGUGGGGCCUGUAGGCGAGCUCAUCGCCAAAGCGACAGCGGACUGGCGGCUGUACAAGGUCAACGUUGAGUUGCACCUGCGGGGGCACGGGGCUGGUGGGCGUUGGGAGUUGGUCGAGGUGGUGCUCGUGCCAUCCUGGUCCGCCGCGCGUUCCACAGCAACAACGAGGGCAAGUGGCACGCGGGCCAACACGGCGCCCCACGACACCCCCUCGAUCCCAGUCGCCCGCCGCGCAGAGGCAACGGCUGUGGAGAGGGAGGAGGCAGCAGAUUCUUCGAAGAGCCAAGCUGGUGCGCGAGCGCGAGUUGGCUCGUACAAGCAGCACAUGCGCGGGAGCGUCGGCGCAAGACCCGCCCAUGCAUGGCGAAGGGCGGGACUGUCAAGGAGUGCUGGGGGUCGUGCACUCCAUGCACGGACUGGUCGAGGGUGGGCCUGCCGCCCUGUGGCUGGCACGCAUGGACAGCGACCAGGCCUUGAUUGA